AUGCCGUCGCCAACCUUGAACAUGUGCUCGACAGGGUCGCACAGCACCAUCAGCGCGCGGCAGGACGGCGACGUGAAGGCGGAGAUUACCUCCUUGCGGGUGCAGCCGGUGCAGAGUGUCCAUGGGUGCGGCGUGUCGGCAAGCCAAAGCACCGAAGCACCAGAAGCAGAUGCAAGCGCUAUGUGGCGCCGCUCCUCUGUUGCGGCGGUCCCGGUGCUCUUCUGCGUUGUGAGCGACGUCUUGCUAGAGACGUCCUCCGUGCGAUACAUCCCCUGCGACUCCGGUGACGCUCCGGCCAUCGUCAUCGUUGUGGUGCUACCACCUCCACCGAUGACCGCGUCCUCUGGGAGAAAAACAUAG